UCUUUUUUUUUUUGAAUGACCAACGCUAUUUUGUUAUUUCAGAGUCACUCUUUUUUAUCUUACGGGUCUUUUCAAGGCAAUAAGAGUCGUAGUUUUGGUCAUCAGAGGAGUGUGGAACAACAGCGACGUUUGUUGCGAUCUGUCAGACCUAAGAGCUCAAAGUCUUUACAUAGCUUAUCAUCCCUUGCUGAUCCUUCUAAACAUCACUUCCUACACGUAAAUGAUUUGACCAGCUCUCAGUUAUCCAAACUGUUGCAAAUCGCGUUGGAAAUGAAACUGGAACUGAAACAACUAGGGAAAUAUCGAACAAAGCCGUUGGAUGGAAAGACUCUGGCUAUGAUAUUUGCUAAGCCUUCUGCACGUACGAGAAUAUCAUUUGAAACGGGUAUGUAUUUGUUGGGAGGUCAUGCGUUGUAUUUGGGUGAAGAAGUUGGUAUUGGUAAACGUGAGGCAGUGAAGGAUGUAGCUAGAGUAGUUUCUUCCAUGAACGACACAAUAAUGGCUCGUCUCUAUGCACACAGUGAUUUGUUGGAAUUGGCAAGAUUUAGUAAAGUUCCAGUCAUCAAUGGCUUGACAGACUAUAAUCAUCCUUGUCAAAUUAUUGCAGAUGCUCUUACUAUUUUGGAAGAAAAGAAAAGGUUGCAAGGAGUCAAAGUUGUUUACAUUGGUGAUGGAAAUAAUAUUGUUCAUUCCUGGUUAGAAUUGACCAGUUUAGUGGAAUUGGAGUUUACAUGUUGUUGUCCGGAGGGUUAUGAGCCGAAUCCAACUCUUUUAGAUUUGGUGAAUCGUUCCCAUCGAGGCAAAGCUAGUAUAGAAUAUGAUCCCUGGAAGGCCGUAGUUGGUGCUGAUGUUAUUUAUACGGACGUUUGGGCUUCAAUGGGACAAAAGUCAAGUUUGCAACAACGAAUGGAAGUAUUUUCGCCCUAUCAAGUCACAAUGGAUUUGAUGAAAGCUUCUCAAAACAAAGAUACAAUCUUUAUGCAUUGUUUACCUGCAGAAAGAGGCAGAGAAUGCGAUGACAAGGUAAUGGAGUCACACAACUCCAAAGUAUUUCAACAAGCAGAAAAUAGAAUGCAUGCUCAAAAUGCCAUUUUAUUAUAUUGUCAUGGAAUACUUAACAAUCAGUUGGUUUGAUACUUUUCAAAGACCGUUGACGAUAUAAACACAAAUAUGCCAUAUGCCAGUCUCCACCUCCUGAUAGUUUUUU